CGAAUAGUUUCUUUUUCUCUUCAUCUAUAACACAUAUAUAUGAAUAUAGUUAAAAGAUUCUAUUAAUGUAUAGAUAUUGACGUCUGCUUCCAUUCUCUGGAAUUCCUAUCUCUCUACGCAUGCGUACUUGCUAAAGAACUUCCGUUGGCAAAUUUGGAAUAUUGAAUUAGGUAGAGCGAUUUACUUGAGUUUAUUUUAUCUUUCGUUUUUAUAUUUAUUUUUAUCAACAGAAUCAUUGCUUAGUAUUUCUUGAAUUUUGUGAAUUAGAACAGGAGUUUUUGUUUAACAUGAUUAGUUAAUAUGCUUUGUUGUUCAGCGCCAUUUUCAAAGUCUCGCUUAGCAGCAUGCAUUCUGAGCGAUCAAAACAAAAUGAGUGGAACUUACAAUUUUGCCAAAUGUUUACUACUGACAAAUUUAUGUCUACUCACUGGUCUAGAAAAUUGUUUCGGAUUCAUUCAUUAAUUCAUUCAUUUAAUGCAAACCAACCAUAACAAUCGUUGAUACUUGGGGUCUUUUUUAUCCCCUGUGUGUGUGUAUUUUUUUAAAAAAUAAAUAUUAAACGAAUAUAGAUGAUUCUGUGUAAAUCACAAGCGAAAGAAUUAUAAUGCUCCUACUGUCUUACUUGCGUGUAUUUAAACGCCAGAACAAUAGAGGAGCCAUCGACUUGCAAAGAGUAGCUCAGAAGCAAUGAAUGAAUACUUAGAGACAACAGAUGAAGCGACUAAAAUGAGAUCGAACUGAAAAAUUGAAUCUGUAACCAAGUAAUGUUGAUGAAACAAAGGAAUUAGCCUCGGAACUUUUUCCAUUCUUUGAUUUUUCAGUCAUUCUUCUAUUAACAAUGGAAUCACUGCUAAUAUCACUUUUAAAUAGGCUUUUAGCCUCCUCGGUUAGAUUGCGAAAAGCUUGCAAAGAAGAAAACUGUAAAAUGGAACAGACAAAGUAACUAUAAGACGAAGACACUCAGUUUCUGAAAUGCUUGAAGACGAAGGACAAAAAACAACGAUGGAUAAGACCAAUAACAUAUCCAAAAGUUCGAAUGAUCAUAGUGUUCCUGUUUCCCCGAAAUCUGAUCACUCCAAUAGUAAUGAUAUUGACAAACAGUGCCAGACAGAAGAGAACACUUUAAGUGUGUCCUCAGACAGUUCGAUCGCGAGUGUUAAAGUAACCCCUCCGAAAAAAACCGGUCGCCAGCUUACAAAAGUGCAAGAAAUGGACAGAGAAUUAACUGGGUGGAUAAAUGGUAUUCAUGCCGACGGUAAACUCAACGAGCUGACUCGUGAAAUGAUCAUUGAAAAGGGCCGGCUUAUUGCCAAAAUGAAAAAGAUCUUGGAUUUUGCUGGAACAACGAAUUGGUACACAAGAUUUUUAAGGCGGAAUUUCUCCGAGACUGAUGUUGGCAAGCAUUUGAAAAUGCUUUCUCCUAUCAAUUCUGUCAAAUUUAUGGAAGAUUUUGAUCCAGAAAAAAGUAGCAGGGAAAUGCGUAAAAUGAACCGAAGAAUUUAUCGAGAGAACAUGAAAACCAACCAAAUGUAUGACGAAACUGGUCGACUUCUUGACAACAGCAAAGAUGUUUGUGAUUGUUUGGAUGAGGACUGUCCAGGAUGCCAUUUUCCAUGUAACAAAUGUGGUUCUGAAAAGUGUGGCACUGAGUGUCGAUGUAAUCGGAAGUGGGUAUAUGAAGUUGUGGAAAUUGAAGGCUCAAACCUAGUGAUUAGAAAUGUUUCUGUAGCAUAAAAUCUUCAUCUAGUGAAUUCGGGGAGAAUAGUCCAUUCAAAUUUUCUCCUGCACACAAAGAUUGUCAAUUUGCCUUUCAUAUCCUUUACUUUUUGUUCUACUUCUGCUUUACAUAUCACAUAAUCUGCCACAUAUAAUAAAAACUCAUUACAUUUUCUUCCAUUUCAUUGCAAACCAAUGACCAUUGAUCAACUAACAUCAAUCAACAUCCGCCCUGAACUUCAUUUCAUUUCACAUUACAAUAUGGACUAAUGUUGUUAUACUUGCCAGUAUUGUCAUUGUUGUUGUUGCUGUUAGUUAGCUACAGUUAUGUGUGAUAGAGAAGAUUCAUGGCAAUAAAAGAACCAACUGAUUAAUUAAGUUAGUAUGGGACAAAUUCAACGUGUCAGGUAUGCAGUUCUAUUGUCCCUUGUUCCUAGUAAAUUACAAGUAACUAUGGUAACUAUUUUAUGACCCUGCCAUACAUACAGAAGAAGAAACAGCUUAUUCAAUUGUAGCAAGAUAUGAACUUACCAGAAAGUUUCUAAACAGCUUAUUAGUUUACAUUAUUAUAAUCACAACUUUAAAUUCUGUGAGUUGGAUUGUUUGAUAUUGUUACUGUGGUUUGUUUGCUACCAUACCUUCCUCUUCAUAACAGUAUUGGUAAAAUGAGAAAUUUUUACGCUUUUUAAUUUUUUUUUUAUUUUACAAUGAUAGCACCACUACCUCAGUCAUAUUUCGAUCUGUGCCACUCAAUUUUACAUUUUAUUUAUUUAUUUUCAUUUUAUCAAAUUUUGAAGUGCAUUGUUAUGGUAUGUGUGACAAUUGUUCAUCUUUCCAAAAAGUACCUGUGGGAAAAGUUCAGAGCUCCACAAUACCCUGAUUGAAAAUCACGAGAUAAGAUAUUUAAUGGAAUAAUAUUGUCUGAUAAAUAGUAUUGUAAAUGCUUUCAAAUGUAACACUAAAUACCUUUGUUUUGUCAUUUAUCUUCAAACUAGUUGACUGAAUUGGUAAGGCGUUAAAUUUAUAACAUCAUACUAUAAAAUGAUUCAGUUUUCUGGGAGGCUAGAGUUAAUAGGAAAAGAACCAGUAAUAUGUGGCAGUAUGGUACUAAAGCAAAUAUUUUCUGAAUCCCUCAGUUCAAUUGGGCUUGCGUUUAAAUCAAGUUGCUAGAAUAUGAAGCAGAUGAGAAAUAUAAAUAACACUAUUGGAUAAAAUUCUGAGCUAUGACAAAUAGCUCUAUUCAUGGAAAUAUUUUAGCUCAACACUGCAUAGCCAAUGAAACACUCAUUAAUUUGAUUAUACUGAUGCUACUUAUAGAAUUGGGUAGCUAAAUUGAGACAAUUUUCAAAAUGUUAUAUCUGUAUAAGUACCUUAGCAUAUAUCAAGUCUAAGAUAUUAAUUUAAUGCUUUAAAUAAUAGAUUAUGAUAGAAUUGUAGAAUCACUGCAACAAAAUACUAUUGGUGAAAUGAGCUGCACCUGAUGUAGCUCUCAUUCAUCAUUACCAAUAACAGAUUCUGUAAAAGCAACAGUUUAACAUACUCUAGCUAAGCUAAGACUACAUGAGAUGUUCUCCAUUCAUUUGAUGAUACCUGUUGCAAUCACAAAUAUGCCAACACCAUUCCUUUUGGUUGAUUUAAAGUAAAGCCAUCACCAGCUUAACCAAGCUUGCUAAAAAUCAUGGUGUGGGUAGGAAGACAAUAGCUAGGAUUGUUAAUAAUUACUUAGGUAUAAAGUCAUAUAUUUGUAGAUGGCAAAGUAUUCUCACAGCCUAAUCUAAAGCUAUUAAGGCUUAGAUGGCCCCAAAAUUUCUCAGCUAUCUAAUGUAAAUGAUGGGAAAGUUAGAAUCUGUUAAUGAAAAGACUUUUAUUGUUGACCACAUCAUCAAUUGUCACAACUGCAUGGUUAUUGCAUUCAAACCUUCCAAUGUUCCUGCUGUCAUGCAAAGUAAGAAUCCAACCUUGAUUAUGAUGUUUGAAGCUCUUGCAAAGGACAGACAUGUAGUUCAACCUCAUGUCAGCAAAGUAGGUUUUAACAACACAGCUGGGUAUUGAAACAUCCUUGAUAAAUUUCUGAUGCCAUGGAUUAUUAAACAUUAUGAUUCAAAUGAGAUUAACACCAGCACUGGGUUCAAAAUUAUUUCAAGAUGAAACUUCCACUGUUUAUUCCUAAAGAAAUUGAACCUUCUAACUCAUCAAAUCUGAAUCCAUUUGACUUUUGGAUCUGAUGGGGAAGAGAUAUCAUUAACACAUUAACUGCCAUUGCCUGUUACUGGAACUUACUGGCAAUGCCACGUAUUUUAUGCAGUCACACUGCAUACUGUUUAAUUACAAGGAAAUGUAUUUUUUUGCAUUUUUACAAUAUUUCAUAAUUAAACUUUAAUAUUUAGCUUGCAUGUUAUUUAAAUACCUGUGAAACAAUGUCAAUAUACAGAAAAUAUUUUCUCAAAUUAUGAAGAUGUACCACCAGUGAUGCAUAUGGCAGUUGUGUGAAGUUUGCAAUGAACUAUCAGUGGUACCUAUGGCAGUUAAUGUUUUAAGGACAAGUCCAAUAUAACACCUCUUUAUGCUGAAGUCUGCUUUUACAAGGCGUUCAGGUUUUUAAAUGUGGAUCAAACAAAGAGACUUCUGCAUCCAUUUCCAAUCAGUUAUAACUGUUAAUGGUGGAUUUAGUAAUAUCUUGUCUUAUAUUAUGACAAACAUACAAAGUUUCAUGCUUUAAUCUUUUCAUUUAUCUUAGUUACAGGCUUUGAAACCUCUCAAGAUAAAGUCUUGCUUCAGCUGCCCAAUCCUCUGUAUUACCCUAGAGGUAGAUGGACUCAGACAUUGAAAGCUGUUUUGAUUAUUUCAGUGCUGGUCACAGGAUAUGAAUUACUGAUUUCUUAGUUGUCCAGUGCCCUAUCACCUAAGCUAUUUGUUUUAUUGAUUAUGCAUAAAUGAAAAGCAAAAUAUAUCUUAUGUAGGAUUUAAAUGGCCUUUACCAUUGAAGUGUCGUACCAUCUAAUUUGGUUCAUUGCUUCUAAACUAUUGUCUUGUUAAUAUAUAAAUUUUGUCCUUGUGCAUAUCCUUGUCCAUCUCUUUCCAUAUAUACAGCUAUACAUUUGGAAAUAAUUUAGUAGUACAAACUUAGUCUAUGAUGCUUCUGUUUUCAAAUUAGUGUAUGUAAAAGCUGAAGUAACUGAAUUCUCAUCACUGUUUUUAUGGCAAACAUUCAACUCUCACAUCAUCAGCAUACACUAACAGUGACUUUGUAACUGCUGCAUUUUAUAUACAAAUCAUGAGACUUGUUUCAGUCUUCAUUCCUACCUCUAAGUCUUGUAUGAAGUAUUAAUAAACAUAAACCCAAUCUUUUUCAUAUCUCA